AUGACCACACUGGUUUCUCUAGCAGACACGGCAAAUAUCUUAGCUGUGUUCCCUCAUCAAGGAUUCAGUCAUCAUUUAGUCUACUUGCCAUAUGUCCAAGAACUCGCCAACCGAGGACACAACAUAACUUUUAUCAGUAACUUUCCGAUAGAACAUGCAAACAUAAAUAAUUUAUCAAUUAGAGGAUCAAUUCCACUAACCAAUAACAAAGAAAAUAUCAGCAAUGUCGAAAGAGUUUCAAUGAACGAAAUAGAAAGUUCUAUGUUUAAUAUUUGGAGUUUAUAUGAACGCGGAAAAAUGUAUGAAGCCAUAUUUACGGUAGACCGUGUGAAGACAUUAUUAAACAGUCCUUGCAAAUUUGAUUUACUCAUUACAGAACAUUUUAAUAACGAAUUGUUUUUGGGUUUUGCAUCAAAGUUCAACAUACCUUUUAUACUUCUGAGUAGUUGCAACUUGUUGCCCUGGAAUAAGCAUGUGAUCGGACAGCCAUAUUCGUUAGCCAAUAUACCUACAACAUUGACCAGCCUGGGCCCAACAAUGAACUUUAAUGACAGAGUUAUAAAUAUAAUUUCUCACACAAUACAACUGUUUGGUUUUAAACUAUUGUGUCGGAUUAGAGACGAAGCAAUCAUUAAACGAAAUCUUGACGUUGAAAUUUCAUUGGACCAAUUAAUUUUGAACGCCAGUUUGAUUAUGGUUAACACUCAUUUCACAAUGUUUAAAUCCAAACCAUUAGUACCAGCUGUUGUGGAAAUCGGUGGGAUACACAUAAUGCCAAUAAAACCUUUGCCUAUAGUAUCUACUUACGAAAUAAAAAUCGUAAUUUAUACACCCAAGUCGGUUGAGUAA